ACAUGGCUGGGUUACCUAGAGAAGUGAUUAAGUGGUUGCAAAGCCUUGAUUUAACAUUUGCUGUGAAGAACACAAAGUGGGAUUUCUCGAAUGGGUUCUUGGUAGCAGAAAUAUUUUCCUGGUAUUUCCCGCAAGACAUCUACAUGCAUAGUUAUAGUAAUGGAACUUCACUGCAGUCCAAAAUGGGCAACUGGACUCGACUUCAAAGGUUUAUAGAGAAACAGAAGCUGUGCAUACCGACAGAUCUGAUCGAUGGAACGAUACAUUGCAAGGAGGGAGCUGCCCAAGUGCUGAUAGAAACAAUCUAUGCUUUGCUGACAAACAGAAGUUUGCAGAAGCUGCAGAGAGAGGGCAGCAGCAGCAGCAGCGGCAGCGCGGCACGCUUUACAGACUGGAGCUACCAGGCCACGCUGCCGAUGCACGCUCGCUCCACCGCCUCCACCGCAAUCAAGAACAAUCUGAGGCUCACAGAGUUCCUCACCGACCCCAGCAUCAGCCUUGGUCAGACGAAGGCGCAAAGUGUGAUUCAGGACCACAUCCGGCUUCGCUCCCAGGAGAAGUUGGAGAGUCCCGAGCGAUUCGACAUCCGUCCUACGCUCCCGCAGCUGAGCCCCUCACCCAGACCUGCACGGAUGGUGUCCACUAGAUCCACGGGAGUGUCCACCCCCGUGAAACAAGCCGACGCUGUGAAUCCGCCGACAGGGGGCGCUGAUUGGGUCUAA